CAAUCAGAGCUCAGGAAAUGUCAGCCAAGCCUAUCGGCAGAUGAGAUAUUCCGACAAAAAGGCUGAGAGAGCUGCAGCUCAGAUCCACAGAGGAGGAAACAGUGAUCAGGAACAGUCUGCUGCUGCUGCUAGAACCAACAGAACUCCACUAAACAGGUCAGUCCAGCUUUUAGCAGUCAUGUCGGCCAAAGCCAUCUCCGAGCAGACGGGGAAGGAGUUCCUCUACAAGCACAUCUGCACGUCGGCGGCAGUCCAGAAUCGGUUCCGUUACGCCAACGUGACGCCUGAGACCGACUUCACCCGACUGGCUCAGGAGCAUCCAUGGCUGCUGACUGAGAGGCUGGUGGUAAAACCGGACCAGCUGAUAAAGAGACGAGGGAAGCUGGGUUUGGUCGGCGUCAACCUGGACCUGAACGGCGUCCAGGAGUGGCUGAAGCCUCGACUCAUGAAGGAGACGACGGUAGGAAAAGCCAAAGGGAUUCUCAAGAACUUCCUCAUUGAGCCGUUCGUGCCUCAUAAACAGGAGGAGGAGUUCUACGUUUGCGUCUACGCCACUCGGGAAGGCGACCACGUCCUGUUUCACCAUGAAGGCGGGGUGGAUGUUGGAGACGUGGACGCUAAGGCUCAGAAGCUGCUGAUCGGAGUGGACGAGAAGAUCAGCGAAGAUCUGGUGAAGAAGAACCUGCUGACCAGCGUCUCCAAUGACAAGAAGGCGAUUCUGUCCAGCUUCAUCGUCGGACUCUUCAACCUGUACGAAGACCUUUUCUUCACUUACCUGGAGAUCAAUCCUCUGGUGGUCACAAAAGAUGGCGUUUACGUUCUGGACAUGGCCGCGAAGAUUGACGCGACCGCCGACUACAUCUGCAAGGCUAAGUGGGGCGACGUGGAGUUUCCACCGCCCUUCGGCAGGGAGGCUUAUCCAGAGGAGGCCUACAUCGCUGACCUCGAUGCCAAGAGCGGAGCGAGUCUCAAACUGACGCUGCUCAACCCUCGAGGCCGAAUCUGGACCAUGGUGGCCGGAGGAGGAGCCUCAGUGGUUUAUAGCGACACAAUCUGUGACCUCGGUGGAGUCGAUGAACUCGCCAAUUAUGGAGAAUAUUCAGGAGCUCCGAGCGAACAGCAAACGUACGACUACGCCAAGACCAUCCUGUCUCUGAUGACCAGAGAGAAGCACCGUGAUGGGAAGGUUCUGAUUAUUGGAGGAAGCAUUGCAAACUUCACAAAUGUAGCAGCGACAUUUAAGGGGAUUGUUCGAGCUAUCAAAGACUAUCAGGUGCCACUAAAAGAGCAUGAAGUCACCAUUUUUGUCCGUCGUGGAGGUCCAAACUACCAGGAGGGUCUCAGAGUGAUGGGAGAAGUUGGAAAGACCACCGGGAUCCCGAUUCAUGUCUUCGGCACAGAAACCCACAUGACGGCCAUCGUCGGCAUGGCGCUGGGCCACAGGCCGAUCCCCAACCAGCCUCCCGUCGCCGCCCACACCGCCAACUUCCUGCUCAACUCCAGCGGCAGCACAUCGACUCCGUCGUCCAGCAGAACGGCUUCUUUUUCUGAGAACAGAGCCAGAGUUGAGGCCUCGCCGGCCAAGAAGGUGAAAACUGGAGCUCCUGCUGCCAAAGCAACAACCCUCUUCAGCAAACACACCAAGUCUCUGGUUUGGGGAAUGCAGACUCGAGCAGUUCAGGGAAUGUUGGACUUCGACUACGUUUGUUCCAGAGAGGAACCGUCAGUCGCUGCCAUGGUUUACCCCUUCACAGGCGACCACAAACAGAAGUUCUACUGGGGCCAUAAAGAGAUCCUGAUUCCUGUGUAUAAGAACAUGGGUGACGCCAUGAAGAAGCAUCCAGAUGUAGACGUGCUCAUCAACUUUGCCUCUUUGCGUUCGGCCUUUGACAGCACCAUGGAAACCAUGCAGUACCCACAGAUUCACACCAUUGCCAUCAUUGCUGAGGGAAUCCCAGAAGCCCACACCAGGCGGAUCAUCAAGACGGCGGAUGAGAAAGGAGUCACAAUCAUCGGACCGGCAACUGUUGGAGGAAUCAAGCCAGGCUGCUUUAAGAUCGGGAACACAGGAGGAAUGCUGGAUAACAUCCUGGCCUCUAAACUCUACCGUCCAGGUAGCGUGGCCUACGUGUCCCGAUCAGGAGGGAUGUCCAAUGAACUCAACAACAUCAUCUCCCGCACCACUGAUGGUGUUUUUGAAGGUGUAGCCAUUGGCGGAGACAGAUAUCCAGGUUCAGUGUUUACUGACCACGUGCUGCGAUACCAAGACACUCCUGGAGUAAAGAUGAUUGUAGUACUGGGAGAGAUCGGCGGCACAGAGGAAUACAAGAUCUGCCAGGCGAUUAAACAAGGCAGGAUCACGAAGCCAGUGGUCUGCUGGUGUAUCGGCACCUGUGCAACUAUGUUCUCCUCAGAGGUUCAGUUCGGGCAUGCAGGAGCUUGUGCCAACCAGGCUUCAGAGACAGCAGUAGCUAAAAAUAAGGCUUUGAAGGAAGCUGGAGCGUUUGUCCCCAAGAGCUUUGAUGAGCUGGGAGAGAUCAUCAAAUCAGUGUAUGAUGACCUUGUGGCGAAAGGAGUUAUUCAGCCAGCUGAAGAGGUUCCUCCUCCCACUGUACCGAUGGAUUACUCCUGGGCACGAGAGCUGGGUCUGAUCCGUAAGCCAGCUUCUUUCAUGACCAGCAUCUGUGAUGAGAGAGGUCAGGAGCUCAUCUACGCCGGCAUGCCCAUCACCGAGGUCUUCAAGUCGGAGAUUGGCCUUGGAGGAACCCUGGGGCUGCUGUGGUUCCAGAGGAGGUUGCCCAGAUACGCCUGUCAGUUCAUUGAGAUGUGUCUGAUGGUGACAGCAGAUCACGGUCCGGCUGUUUCUGGAGCUCACAACACCAUCGUCUGCGCCCGAGCUGGAAAAGACCUCAUCUCCAGCCUCACCUCCGGCCUCCUCACCAUCGGUGAUAGAUUCGGAGGCGCUCUGGAUGCUGCAGCAAAGCAGUUCAGCAAGGCGUUCGAUAGCGGCAUGCUGCCCAUGGAGUUCGUCAACAAGAUGAAGAAGGAUGGCAAGCUGAUCAUGGGGAUCGGACACAGAGUGAAGUCGAUCAACAAUCCAGACAUGAGAGUCCAGAUCCUGAAGGACUUUGUGAAGCAGCACUUUCCCUCCACCCAGCUGCUGGACUAUGCUCUGGAUGUUGAGAAGAUCACCACCUCCAAAAAACCCAACCUGAUCCUGAACGUGGACGGAUUCAUCGGUGUGGCCUUUGUGGACCUGCUCAGGACUUGUGGAGGAUUCACACGGGACGAAGCUGAUGAGUUUGUGGAAAUUGGAGCUCUGAAUGGCAUCUUUGUGUUGGGACGCAGCAUGGGAUUCAUCGGACACUACCUGGACCAGAAGAGGCUGAGGCAGGGCCUGUACCGCCACCCCUGGGACGACAUCUCCUACGUGCUGCCUGAACACAUGUCUAUGUAACCAGAGGGACCUAAACCAAGUCGUGCCAGCUCUGUUUCCUCACCCCCACACUGUGAUACGUCACCUCAAAACUGUGUCAUAAUAUAGGGAAGAUGCUACAAUUAAUAUAGCUGUAAAUACUGGAAAGUUUGGGAAAGCUGUAAGUGCUGCAGUUCCAUGAAUUAUAGUCAAACCUGCUCAACUAUGAAGCUAAAGGGAAGGAGGUUAAAAGAGCGUCACCACCACUCCUGAUCAGUGUAAUUAUGUACCCCCCAGUAGUGCACUAUUCUAUUAACCAAGCAUGUGUGUCUAUAUUACAGACUGUUGCGUAUCUGUGCAGCAUUCGUCAUUGUGCCAUUUGGAAAUCUUGCUACACGAGGUGAACACGUAGUGCAAUAACGCCUAUAAUAUGAGAAUAUACUGUAGAGCAGAGCUUUAUUUCUGUAGAAAACAUUAAAUGGUACGAGAGUGUUAUAGCUUUGGUUUUCUGUGAUGUUUUGUGACACAGUGGUGAAAAUGAAAAACUAUAAUUUACUUACUCUGCAAAAAUGGGACCAUUUCAUGAGUCGCUCCUGGCAGGUUUAAUGUGACGUCCUCUCAGCAGGAUUUUCUGAAAGAGGUUAAAUAAAAGUCAAGUGUUGUCCAUCUUUUGAGUAAACUAUGUCAUUUCAAUUGCUUUUCUUCUGCUUGUUAUUUAAAAAAAAUGAGCCAUCAGAUUUAUAUUCAAUUAAAAUAUGCCAAAUUAUUAAAUUAACUAGUUUGAAUUGGAUUUUCAAGGUAAUUUAAUUUCAUUCAGCACACACAGUAUACAAAUCCCAACCCAUCUGGUUAUAAUCAUUUAAACUCUUACUUUCUUGAUGAUUUAAAACAAAACAAUGUAUGUGGAUAUUACAAAAAUGCGUAAGAAACUUCACCAGUGCUGCCAACGUCUCUGUGUUGUUAUUUUUAACUGUUUCACUGUGAACCGAUUUGUUCUGUGUUGCCAACUGUGUAACUGAGUAAAAUAAAGUGAAUGUAGUGGAGUAAAGUAA